UCCGUUCCCAUUAGCAACCGGAGGCUUCUAAACAAGUUGCCCUCCCUCCGCAUCUUCUGCGGCCCAACCACCCUCGGCGACCCCAGCUUGGCGGGUCUCGGCCUGGCCUCUCCCGCUCCUCUGGGCUGCGACUCCCGCCGCCGCCAUGGCAGAGUUGGGCCUAAAUGAGCACCACCAAAAUGAAGUUAUCAAUUACAUGCGUUUUGCUCGUUCAAAAAGAGGCCUGAGACUCAAAACUGUAGAUUCCUGCUUCCAAGACCUCAAGGAGAGCAGGUUGGUGGAGGACACCUUCACCGUAGACGAGGUCUCUGAGGUCCUGAGCGGGCUGCAGGCUGUGGUCUACAGCGAAGUGGAGUCUGAGCUCAUCAACACGGCCCACACCAAUGUGCUGCUUCUGCGGCAGCUUUUCUCACAGGCCGAGAAGUGGUACCUCAAGCUACAGACCGAUAUCUCUGAACUUGAAAACAGAGAAUUAUUAGAACAAGUUGCAGAAUUUGAAAAAGCAGAAUUUACAUCUUCAAAUAAAAAGCCCAUCAUAGAUACCAUGAAGCCAAAACUUGCUCCACUUAACGAAGGUGGAACCACGGAACUCCUGAACAAGGAAAUUUCCAGACUUCAAGAAGAGAACGAGAAAUUGAAGUCAAGGCUGAAGACCAUUGAAAUGCAGGCAACCCAUGCAUUAGAUGAGAAGUCAAAGCUAGAAAGAGCACUGCAGGAUUUACAGCUCGACCAAGGAAAUCAAAAGGAUUUUAUAAAAGCCCAAGACUUGAAUGACUUGGAAAACACAGUUGCUGCUUUGAAGAGUGAGUUUCAGAAGACACUUAAUGACAAGACAGAAAACCAGAAGUCCCUGGAAGAGAAUCUGGCGACAGCCAAGCAUGACCUACUGAGGGUUCAGGAGCAGCUGAGCAUGGCUGAAAAGGAAUUAGAGAAGAAAUUCCAACAAACAGCAGCUUAUCGAAACAUGAAAGAGAUUCUCACCAGGAAGAAUGACCAAAUCAAAGACCUGAGGAGAAGACUGGCCAAGUACGAACCUGAAGAUUAAAUCCCAAAGAUUUCUUCUGGAAGCUGCCACCACGUGGAAGUACAAGCUGUUUCGCACCUCAGGCAUGCAUUUUGAAGCAGUCUGUUACAUUCCCUCUCUUUAUUUUUCUAAUAUAUAGACUUUGCUUCUAAUAUUUAGAACGAGACUUCCUGUUUCAGUUACCUAAUUGAGAAGAGGGGAACCUACUGACCAACUCUGGCCAGUCGUCCCAGACUCCUCUGAGCGCGCCUGAGUCUUAGUUCCGAUGCAGUGAGAAUUCUCUAUUAGUAAAGAAGAGAUGUUUAGAGUGGGAAGAAGAGUCUUAGCGUUUUGCAUUAGUAUAAAGAGUAUACUGUUUCAGUAAAUGUUAAAGCUAGCAUCGUCUGUUCUUGUGCAUUCCCCGGGGUAAAAAUAAAAACAGAGUUAUUAAAGAUAGUUAUUACAAAUAAACCUUAUUUUUCAAAAUCAAA